UUCGGUGUUUGGUUGUCAUCAACGUGAUCGUGAAGUGCAAAUUUUAUAUUUAUCAUUCACGAUGUCUAGUGAACCACGCUCUCCAAUGUCGGAACGGGGUAAUCGCCCUGAAGCUGUGACAUCUCCAGCUCCAGAUAUGGAACCAUUUGAAGAUGAGAGUGAGAUUUUUGGAGGAGAUGCUGAAAUUGCUGGAAGGCAUGCUGACGAGGAAGAAGAUGGAGAAGAACUUUUUGGAGAUAAUAUGGAAGCGGACUAUCGCCCAAUGCCAGCUCUGGAUCGAUAUGAGACUGAUGUAUUGGAUGAUGAAGAGUAUGAUGACAUCUCCCAGACUGAACGAGCAGCAGCUGAGGCAGCCAUGAGGCGGAGAGACAGGGAGGAAGGAAUUCUUACUCGACGUGGUGAUCUUGAACUGAUCUAUGAGGAUAGUGAUGAAGAGGAAGCGCCAAGAAGAAAGAGACAGAGGGCUGAGAAAGCAGCUGCUGGUGAGCUGGGUGAUGAAGAAAUGAUUGAAUCCAUUGAGAAUCUGGAAGACACCAAAGGGCACACAAUAAAAGAAUGGGUUUCUAUGCUGGGACCUCGUACUGAAAUUGCAAAUCGAUUCAAGAGUUUUUUGAGAAACUAUGUAAACUCAAAAGGUCAUUACCUCUAUAAGGAGCGCAUACGACGUAUGUGUGAAAGCAAUAGGUCAAGUUUUGUGGUUGAGUUUCCCAUCUUGGCAUCCAAGGAGCAGGUACUUGCCUUCUUCCUGCCAGAUGCACCGUUUGAAAUGCUUGCAAUAUUUGAUGAGGUGGCUACCCAGCUUGUGCUCAGCAUCUUCCCAAGCUAUGAUCGUGUCACAACAGACAUCCAUGUCCGAAUCUCUGAUCUGCCUCUUGUGGAAGAUCUACGUACAUUCAGGAAGAUCCAUUUGAACCAGUUUGUUCGCACAACUGGUGUGGUGACAGCAACAACAGGUGUUCUUCCGCAAUUGUCAGUUGUGAAGUAUGACUGUAACAAAUGUGGCUAUGUGUUGGGUCCGUUUGUUCAAUCCCAGAAUGCUGAAGUGAAGCCAGGCUCAUGUCCUGAGUGUCAGAGCAAUGGUCCUUUCAUGAUCAACAUGGAGCAAACAAUCUACCGCAAUUACCAGAAAAUUACUCUGCAGGAAUCUCCAGGUCGUAUCCCAGCGGGACGAAUUCCCCGUUCCAAAGAUUGUGUCAUGUUGGCAGACCUGUGUGACCGCUGCAAACCUGGGGAUGAGAUUGAUGUGACUGGAAUCUACACAAACAACUAUGAUGGCUCCCUCAACACUGAACAGGGUUUCCCUGUUUUCUCAACUGUUAUAAUGGCCAACCACUUGAUAGUAAAGGACUGCAAGCAGAUUGUACAGUCACUGACUGAUGAAGAUGUUGCAGCCAUUACCCGUCUCUCAAAGGAUCACAGAAUUGGAGAGAGAAUUGUUGCCAGUAUUGGUCCUUCCAUAUAUGGCCAUGAGUACAUCAAGAGAGGCAUUGCAUUGGCUCUCUUUGGUGGAGAGUCUAAGAAUCCUGGCCAAAAACACAAGGUGCGUGGAGAUAUCAAUGUACUCAUCUGUGGUGACCCUGGCACAGCCAAAUCACAGUUUCUGAAGUAUGUUGAGAAGAUAGCACCGCGGGCAGUGUUUACUACUGGUCAAGGAGCAUCAGCUGUCGGUCUGACAGCCUAUGUGAAACGUAGCCCUGCUACAAGGGAGUGGACUUUGGAGGCUGGAGCAUUGGUCCUGGCAGACCAGGGUGUUUGCCUCAUUGAUGAAUUUGAUAAGAUGAACGAUCAGGACCGGACAUCAAUUCACGAGGCUAUGGAGCAGCAGUCUAUAUCAAUUUCAAAGGCUGGGAUUGUUACAUCCCUGCAGGCUCGAUGUUCAGUCAUUGCUGCUUCUAACCCCAUUGGUGGACGCUACGAUGCUAGCAUGACCUUCUCAGAAAAUGUAAAUCUGUCAGAACCCAUCCUCUCAAGGUUCGAUGUGCUGUGUGUUGUACGAGAUGAAGUGGAUCCAAUGCAAGAUCAGCACUUGGCGCAGUUUGUGGUGGCAUCACAUAUAAAACAUCACCCCAGCAAGGGUAUCCAACGAGAUGAGAUGCCCUCUGAUCCAGCACUUGGUGAUGUACAGCCCAUCCCACAGGAGUUACUUAAGAAGUACAUUGUUUAUGCCCGUGAGAAUGUGCAUCCUAAGCUGCAGCGCAUGGAUCAGGAUAAAGUGGCAAAGAUGUACAGUCAGUUGCGUCAGGAGUCCCUGGCAACUGGCAGUCUACCCAUCACAGUACGACAUAUUGAGAGUGUGAUUCGGAUGGCUGAGGCUAAUGCACGCAUGCACUUGCGGGACUAUGUACAAGAAGAUGAUGUGAACAUGGCUAUCCGCAUGAUGUUGGAAAGUUUUGUUGAGACACAAAAGUACAGUGUCAUGAAAUCAAUGAAAAAUACCUUCCAGAAGUACUUGUCCUUUAAGAAAGACAACAGUGAAUUGUUAUUCUACCUCUUACGGCAAAUGGCAUUAGAUCAGCUGACAUACAUCCGUUGUGUGCAGGGGCCAGAUGCUGCCGUUAUCGAAAUCAGUGAGAAGGAUCUCAUUGAUCGAGCAAGGCUGAUUGAUAUUCAUGAUGUGAAACCAUUCUAUGAGAGCAAGAUCUUCAAAUCAAACAGUUAUGUGUAUGAUGCACACAGAAAGAUGAUAGUGCAGACAGUACCAGAAGCAGCCAUACCGGAGAACUAGGAUAAAGCACAGAGAGUACCAGAAGCAGCCAUACCGGAGAACUAGGAUAAAGUGCAGAAAGUACCAGAAGCAGCCAUGCCGGAGAACUAGGAUAAAGCAGUUUCUGAAGUGUACAAGUGGAAAUUUCAAGAUCAAUAAUUUAUAUUUUUUGAGCGGGUCUUUUGAUUACUACCCAUAAACAUUUUGAAGAAAGAUUAACUAUACUGUGUAUGUAUUAAUUGUUAGGAUCCCUGUUGAACAGGUAUGUGUUGAAUAUAAGUUGUGGGCUACCAAGGAUCAGUGUCAAACUGAUAAUUGAAGAAUACAGGCCACCAUUUCAGGUUUCUUUGGGGAUCACCAUAUUUGAACUCUAAAUUGAAGAAAAUGUCAGAUAAGGGAAAUCUGACACCAAGAUUGUUGAUUUGUGGUCAUGGAAAUUGAAUGAACCUCAAAUUGAGGAACAUUAGAUGCGGCUUCCACUAUGUAUAUUGUCAUGUCAUUGUAUAUGUCACGCAACACAUAACUUCACGCCAUUCUGGAUCUAGCGAAUUUAUUGAACGCUUGCUCUUACACUUAUACAGUUCACAGUUUCACAAUUACUGCAAUCUGCAGUAUCACAGUUAGUUCUGCUGUAAUCACUUCCAUUCACUCCAUACAACUCAACUUGUAGCUGCUAGACUUCACCUCAUUCCGGCGAAUGCUAGACUGCAACUGACUUCGGUGACUUCAUGAUCCACACUCUGUCACUCCUCCUGUGGUCACGUACUGCUCAGCUGGUGUUUUAUACCGUUCCUUGUUGCCUCGUGUCAACAGCAGUGUCCCCUGUUAUGUCACAGUGGGAAGUGCUGUUGGGUCACCACAAGGGAGGGGGACGGAGUGUUGACUGGCCUGUUACCGAAGCAGUGGCAGUUGCUCUGAUCUGUUAUGUCACCGCUGGAAAGGGGGGGGGUUACCAAGCGUUGUGCCGUCCACGUCACAUUGCUCCCUUCUAAAGGGUGUUCGUCCUGAACAGCCUAAUGGUUUAUCCCUGUUCUUUUCUCUGGUGUUUGUCUUCGGUGCGCUACCUCCACUCCCCUUCUUUAAAGGUGCUUGUCCCGAGCAAUUUCAUGGUCCAGCUUUCGUCAAUCCGUUUUAUCACAUUCACUCAUCACUUUCAUCCAUCGCACAUUCAUUCCUGCUGGGGAGGCUGGUACUUCUACGUUACCGGCUCCUCUUCUGCUUGAAGUAUCUUUUUCUGUUUUGGAAGGGGUUGACCCCUCCACAAGUUCCAGUUCCUCAUUUUCGGUGACCCACUGGAAAUUCAUACUGCUCGUUUCACAAUUUCCAGCUCUAGCAUCUUCUUGAGAGUCUUAUAGGCGGGUCCUAUUUUUCCCAGAGGCGAUAGAUGUCUUGAGCUGCACCCUCUGAUACUGAUCGCGGUUGCUCUCUACAUUCUCUCAUAUAGCGGCUGCUUGCCGCCUUGGUCCUUAAUUCCAUUUUUGCAUUCAGGUCUUGUUUGAUAUCUCCUCCCAAGCAUCCGUUCUUUUAGGGUUCGUUGUACCACAUUGCCAUGGCUUUGUUCGUAAUACCUGUGUCCUGCACAGAAUGUGAUCUUCCUUAUGGCUGCUGUUACUUCUUUCCGCAGUCCACGAUUUCCGUGGGUCAUCAUUUUUCUGAAGAUGUUUCUCUUGCGCCAUGCCACUGUUGCAUGACGGGACAUCUUCCUGCAGGUGGCAGCCAACUUCAUCCGGGAUCCACAAUCUCCUCGGGUCAGGUUCUUCGGCUCUCCGCGUCGCCCUGCAGCUUGCUUCUUGCCCCUAUGCCUCCUCUUCCAUCUUUUGACUGGUUUCACUAUGGCAUCUUUCUUGGAGACUUCUCGUUGUUAGGCCACCUCAGGUUUCGUUUCCACUGAGGUCGGCUCUUUCUCUUCUACAUGCGCCUCCGUCUUUUCUGAGCAGGCCUUCGUCUCUUUUUCUUCUAAAUGCGCCUCUGUCGUUUCUUGGCAGGCCAUUGACUUUACGUCCCUUUCCGGUUUUGUUUCGGCCACCAUCUCCUUGUGGCUGGUGUCCAUAAUUUCAUCAUCUAUACAACCUUUUUAUUUGACUGUCACAACACAGCAAAUAUAGAACUUCAAGGACAAUGCUCAGUAUAGUUCUGCUAUAUGUUUCGGCCACGAGUGGCCAUCAGGCAAACACAUUUCAACAAACGUACACCAUUGAACUGCAGUACGUAAAAUUUGAUAGAAUGUUAUAAAUCAUUUAAGUUAAUUUGCACAAGAAUACAAUAAGUAGGUUAUUUAAAACAGUAACAAGUCAUAUAUAAAAUUAAAAUUUGAUUGAUGUUUAAUAACAUCGAAUCGGUCGUUGGUUUUACUUUUCAUACAUUUCUGUCGACAAAUAGUAAAUUCAAGUUUCUUAUAAAAUUGUGUAGGAGGUCCAAUAACGUUGUAAAUUAAUUAAUGGAAUAGUUGGGGCUUCAUCAUAUGGAGAAUUGUACAUAUUGUAUGGAAAGUAAUCAACGACUCAAUCAAUUAAUGAAAUUAAAAUUUUCAUCAUCGUUUCCUUCAGUUCUCUUCGGUUGGCCUAUCUGUCCUCCAAUCUGGCCAGCAAUUCCUUGUGGCCGAUCUCCACCUUUUCUUGGUUGGAGUCUAAUUUUGCCAUGAAAUCUUCUUUGUCUUUCUUCCUAUUGGCCUCUGCCUUCGCCUGGUCAGCCUUCGUCUCUUUCAGCAUUUCGAUUAUUUGUUCCAUGUUCGUAUGGCAACACUGUAAACACACACAUCAGUCUUCAGUUCAAAUUGUGGCAUGUUUAAGUUCGUAAAUCAAUUCGGACACCAAAUUGUCACGUGUUUUGUCUCUAAAGACGCUGUUCAUAUUGUUAAUUGGUUUAUUUAACAAUCUACAAAUCGUAACUACAAUUAAUUAUAACACAUUUCUGGGUU